AUGGACUCGUUCCACGAGACGCUUGCCGGGCAGAUCAUCUAUCGCCUCAGUGGACGCAAGGUGCUCCAAUACAAAGAGGAGGACCCUGCCUUUGGCGUUCCAGAAAGGUACUACAAAGGCUUGAGCAAAGGCAGCCCGACUAGCGAGGUCGCACCGACAGAAGAAAAACAGGUCCAACAAAGACCACCGGUACGCACAGCACAAAGCAACCGGAGCGCUCAAAGUGGCGACACUCGCUUUUACACGCCACGAGAGGAGCGUCAAGAAGCCUUUGAGACUUCCUCAUUGGGCACCGGCACCACCGUAGGUGAAGAACAAGGGAAGAAUACACACACAGAGGCUGGUAAGGAGGCGCAAGAGGAGACAAAUGCGCCCGUCAAGGCCAAGCCUGAUCCGAACCUCGUCAGCUGGUACGGACCAGAGGACCGCGAGAAUCCACGAAACUGGACCGUCACGAAGAAAUGCUUUGUGACCUUCAACUUGUGUAUCUUGACGUUCAGCAUCUACAUGGGGAGCUCCAUCGUGACGCCUUCGCUGCAGGAGCUCGCGAGCUACUUUGAGGUCUCGCCCGUCGUCGCCACGCUCUCCCUAACGCUCUUCGUCAUUGGCUACGGUGUUGGCCCCAUGGUCCUUGCGCCGCUCUCGGAAAUCCCCGCCAUUGGAAGGAAUGCCCCAUACAUCAUCACACUCGCCAUCUUUGUCGGCUUGCAGCCAGCCGUUGCAACUGCAAAGACACCCGCCACCUACUUCAUCCUCCGCUUCCUCUCGGGCGUCUUUGGCUCGCCAGCCUUGGCUACAGGUGGUGCUUCGAUUGGGGACUUAUUUGAGCCUAAAAAGAGGGCUUACGCAAUGGGAGUGUGGGGCCUUUCCGCGGUCUGCGGUCCCACUCUCGGUCCUCUGAUCGGAGGCUUUGCUUUUGAUGGUCUCGGCUGGCGCUGGACCAUAUGGCCCUUGGCGAUCCUGUCGGCUACUUCGCUUGUCUGGCUCACCUUCUUCCUUCCCGAAACGUCCUCGACCAACAUCCUCUACCGAAGAGCCGACCGUCUAAGACGAAGGACAGGCAACAUGGACUUGUACAGCGAAGGCGAGGUCAUGAUGAAGAACAUGACAGGAAGCGACGUGGUGCAGAUGACGCUGGUAAGGCCCUUUAUCCUUCAGAUGGAGCCCAUCGUCGGGCUGCUCAACCUUCACAUCGGAUUCGUCUACAGUAUUCUCUAUACCUGGCUCGAGGCCUUUCCGCUCGUCUUUGGUCAGGUGUACGGCUUCAAUUCGGGCGAGCAAGGCCUUGCCUUUUUGGGUCUCUUCGUUGGCUCCGUCCUUUGCUACGUGGGCUUCUGCAUCUACUCCCGUCUCCACCUCGAGCCUCUUUUCGACAAAAAGGGCGGCAUGAUUGACCCGGAAGAUCGCCUUCUUGUCGCCAUGUUUGGCUGCGGCUUCAUUCCUCUGUGCCUGUUUGGCUUCGGCUGGACAAGCACGGCGUCGAUUCACUGGAUCGUGCCCAUUAUCUUCAGCAGCUUCUUUGGCGUUGGCACUUUUCUUUUGUUCCAAGCCAUUCUAAACUACGAGGCAGAUGCCUACCCGCAAUACGCCGCCUCAGUCCUUGCCUCCAACGAUCUAUUCCGAUCCCUGAUGGGCGCCGCAUUUCCCCUCUUCGCUCGUCAGAUGUUUGAGAACCUAGAAAAGCUCAACGGGCCCGCCGCCUUUCCGGUCGCAUGGGGAUGCGUGUUGCUUGGCUGCAUCGGUCUCGCCCUUUGUCCACUUCCAUUCAUCUUCUACAAGUACGGAGCGAGGAUCAGGAAGUACAGCAAGUAUGCGACGAGCGAAAAGCCAGUCGAGCCGGAGACCUUCAACGACGCCUAA